UAAAGUCAGGGUCGAGUUUGGUAAUCAACGGUCAUGUAAAUUUGUUUGGACGGCGACGAGACCGCCUAGUCUACUCCGGCAACACGUAUACAUACACAUAUACAUAUAUACAUACAACAUGCCUCCCAGAAAAGAAGCCUGCAGGAAUUUCCAGCGUGGCAGCUGUCAGUAUGGUGAUCGUUGCAAGUUCCUUCACACCACUCAGCAACAACCCAAACCUAACAACGCCUUUGGCUUUGGCUCUCAGAAUGCUAGUCAAUUUCCACGCAACAAUGCACAGCCGCAGCAGCCUAAUCCGUUUGGGUUUGGUGUACAGAACAGCUCUCAGGCAAGAGGCGCUAAUGAUUUUGGAUCUAAACAGAACCAGUUUAAGCCAUUUGAAAACAAGUGGUCCCGCUCAUCCUCUACAACUGCUGCUGCUUCUAAUGCACCACAGAAAUCUGCUAAUCAGCCUCCAGCACCUGAACAUAAGUGCACAGAUCCGGAGUCAUGCAAACGUCAAAUGAAGGAGGACUUUGAGAAAGAAAAACCGCUUUGGAACCUGACAUGCUACGGGCACGUGAAAAAUGGUCCGUGUGACAUUCUUGGUGAUAUCAGCUAUGAAGAGUUGCGAGCAUUAGCAUAUGAAGAUGCAAAGAGUGGACUGAGUCUACAGUCAAUAGUCGACAAAGAAAGGAAUUUACUGAAGGCCAAAUUGCUUGAAUUUGAUGGCCUAUUACGAAAUUCUAAUACUUUUCCACCACGCUCGACACUUGAUACUAAUAAUCAAUUUCCUGGACCCAGUCCAAAUGUAUUUCCACCCGCUGCUCAAAACAGUAACCCUCCUGCAUUCUCUAGUUUCAGUCAGCUUAGGAUGACACCCAGUGCUCCUGUUAAUGCUAUGGCACAAACUAAUCCUUUCCAACUUAAUGCUCCACCUUCAAGUGUCCCUGGGACAGUCAACAUCACAUCCGAAAGUAAAGGUAUAUUUGGAAGUCAAUUUCCAACACAGCCACUAGGAGGGUCCUUUCCUACCGUUGCAGCAAAUAUCAGCGCUACUGGGACAGUUCCAGAACGAAAUACAUUUCCUACUUCAGGGAUUAUGCCACCAGUUACCAAUUUGGCUAAUAGUCAGUCUUCCAUAUUCUCCAAUGGGAUGAAUGCUGCGUCUUUUGCAAUGACAGGAUCAAACGCUAGCCAAAGCUUAAUGGUUGAGAUGCCAAAAGGUAAUGGUGGAGGGGAUAAUAGCAUCUGGUUAAAAGAAGAAUGGUUCCCUGGAGAGAUCCCAGAAGAAGCACCUCCAAGUGAAUUCAUUAGAUAAAGACUUAACUGGAUGACUUGUGCCAGCCUGCUACUGCUAGGGCCAAAUCAAAGGGGUGAUAUUUCUGUGGCUGGAUACAGAAUAUCCUUGCUUAUAGGACAAGAUAGUUAAAAAAAAAUGUAGGUAACAUUUACUUGUAGUCUUGGACGUGAUGAACCUUGUAGGCAACUCCAAGAAGGGAUUUUUUGAUAAAUUUGAUCAUAUGUAAUUCUGAUUGGUUAAAGAGUUUUUUUUUUAUAUAAAUAUAGUUCUGUUACUUUUGUA